CUUGAAUGCAGUCUCCAUAGUGGUCCUGGGCUGGUGCGUAGGUCGGAAAAUUUUUGUUUUCUGCUAUGUUUCCCUACACUGACCUACACGGCUGCAACGUAUCAUGUUGCAGGAUUAUUUUGCAAGUGAGUUACGUUGUUGGGUUACGGUCUACACUCAACCUGCCGAUGGCGUUGAUGGGACUCCACACCCGUUUGUUUGUAUCCACUGAGACUUAUGAGUAGGGAUUAGGUUUGUCCAAUAGCUGAGUGAGAAAGGGCAAUUCUAAAAGAGGUGAAUAAGAGUCUUCUCUGUGGAACGCGAGGACACCUUCCAUGCACUCUGCAGGUGUCCAAGAGCGCGAGCUCUCUGGAAAGCAAUGGCGGAAGACUGGUGCAUCCCGGACGUGGAUCUAUGGCAGAACACUGGUCCAGAAUGGCUCCUUCACCUACUGAACAAGUGCGAGGAGCACGUCCGGCUUCCCAUGCUCAUGACAAUGUGGAGGUGCUGGCACGUCAGAAACGAAAUCACGCACCACAAGCCGGCUCCCCCAAUUGAAGUAUCCAAGAGAUUUUUAUCAAGCUACAUCGACACUAUCUUGUGCCUCCAGCAACAUCCCAAGGCCGACAUGUCAAAGGGCAAGAUGGUAGUCUCCAAGUUUCAGCAACGCCAGGAGAAGCUCAGACCAGCAAGGGCGGCCAGUACCAGACCUCCAGAGCGAUGGCACAAGCCUCCACCAGGCUGGACUAAGUUAAACGUUGAUGGUGCAUAUAUUCAGGCGGAUGGAACAGGUGGCUCGGGCAUGAUCUUGCGCGACGAACAUGGCGUCGUCAUUUUUGCUUCUUGCAGAUUCUUGAGGACGUGUUCAAGUGCACUGGAGGCGGAGAUCGAAGCUAUACGUGAAGGGAUUGCAUUGACUCUGGAGUGGUGUACGCUACCUUUCAUACUUGAAUCUGACUGCUCCACGGCGAUUGAUAUGAUCAAAAGUUCAUAUAUGAACAGAUCUCCAGCGGCGAUGACAGUGGGUGUAAUAAAAAACUUGUUAGUGGAGGGAGGUAGAGAGCAUGUGUUAAUGCAUGUGAGUAGAAACCAAAAUAAUGUCAGCCAUGUUCUUGGGUAGAUGGGUCACGCUGGCCCUAGGACUGCCGUAUGGCUGAGGCAGGGGCCUGACGAGAUAGUUGAACUCGUGGCAAAGGACUGUAUUGUUCCUAAUUGAUUGAUUGAAAAUUUUUACCCCGCAAAAAAAAAAGAAUCAGCACAUAAAGCAUAAUUAUAAUUAGGUAAAAGCAUACUCCAGUGUUGUAGUAAAUUCCUUGUGCUAACUCUAUCAUGUAGUAGGAGCCAGAAGAUCUUGUGUCUGAGUCUGCUGGCAGCUUUCCAUAGAUGUUUAAAUAUGAUGUGAGCUUCAGUCUUUCCACAAAACUAUUCUGUACUCAUGCUUAGUUUAGCAUUACUAUAUAUAUAACAUUCUAUACUCAUGCUUAGUUUAGCAUUGCUAUAUAUAUAACGCUAAAUAAGAGUUUUGUUUAGUGUGAACUAGGGUCUACACGAAGAAACUUCUCAAGCAGAGAUUCUGUCAUUAGUGUAGCUGGUUUCUACAGUCGAAGCCCAAGCAGGAGUAACUGCCAUCGUAAAAGAAUCUCUUCUGCCCAAAGCAUCUGCAACUUUGUUUUCUUUUUUUUAUUCAAUCUUGUAAUUGAAUUAAAGCAAAUUUAUAUAUAUAACGCUGGAUAAGAGUUC